UAAUUGGCUUAGUUUACAAAGAAGUUUAGCGCUGUGCGGUAAUGCUACACAGAGGACACAAUGGCAAACAGCAACGGCAUAGCAAAAAAUCGUCGGUUCGAAGAUGAAGAGUCGGGAUUUGGCGUGCGACACUGGCAGAUGCUACUGAUCUUCUGUGGCCUAACAGUGGGCUUUACGAUGCGUGUCAAUCUUUCCGUAGCUGUUGUGGCCAUGACCAAUGCCACGACAAUAAAUCCCGAUUUUCCUGAAUACCCCCUGUCGGAGAAGACAAAGUCAUAUGUAUUGAGCAGCUUCUUUUGGGGCUAUGUGAUGACGCAGGUGCCCGCUGGCACCUUGGCACGUCGCUUUGGCGGCAAGGUAACCCUGUUGACCGGCGUUUCGAUUUGCUCCGUGAUGACCUUGUUGACACCGCUUUGCGCUCGCUUAGGCGGUUGGUCGUUGAUUUGUGGCUUGCGCCUGGUUGAGGGCAUGUGUCAGGGCGUUUUCUUUCCCUCAUGCCACACGAUUAUAGCUAAAUGGCUGCCGCCAAGGGAGCGAGGCACGUUGGCCACGUAUGCCUAUACUGGGAGUCAAUUCGGUACGAUUCUCAUGCUGGUCACGAGUGGAUUGCUUGCGUCCUCUGUGGCUGGCUGGCCGAGCAUCUUCUAUGUCUCAGGCGGCUGCGGCAUCGUUUGGGUUUGCGUCUACUACAUUUGGGGUGCCAGUUCGCCAAACGACUCCAAGAGUAUCACAGCUGAGGAAUUCAAUAUGAUUGAAUUGGAGCAGUCUAAGGAGCGGACGUCUAAUGCGAAGCUGCCAAGCCAUCGGCAGGCGACGCCCUGGUUGAGUUUCUUGACCUCGGGACCAUUUCUGGCCCUCACCGCUACGCACUGUGUCUCGGCUUGGGGCUAUUGGACGCUGCUAACUCAAAUACCCAGCUACAUGAAUAAUGUUCUGGGCAAGGAUAUCAAAUCGAAUGCUCUGCUCUCCGCCCUGCCAUAUGUGGCCAACUUUGUGCUCAGCUUCCCAUUUGUCUGGAUAUCCAAGUGCAUGGAGAAAAGGGAAUCGAUAUCGCUUUCCUUCAAUCGGAAGUUCUUCAAUACGAUUGGUCAAUAUGUUCCCAUGUGCUUGCUAGUGGCUUUGGGCUAUGUGACCAAGGAACAGGACUUUUUGGCCGUGAUCCUGCUGACAUUUACAGUGGGCAUCAAUACGGCCUGCCAUCUGGGCUUUCAAGUCAACCACAUCGAUCUGUCGCCCAACUUUGCUGGCACUCUGAUGGGCAUCAGCAAUGCUUUGGCCAGCAUAAUGAGUCUCAGUGCCCCACUCUUAGUGGGUGUUCUCGUUACCGAUAAGCACGACGCGGGACAGUGGCGCUUUGUCUUCUUUGUGGCCGCUGGCUUUUAUCUGCUGGGCAAUGGACUUUUCAUUCUUUUCGGACGUGCUGAAGUGCAGCCCUGGAAUGACCCGCCCGCUAAAUUUGAACAUAGCUCCAUACCGCAGAUGGAAUCACAGAAAUCUGAUCACAGUGAUAAAUGAUAACAUUUUCGGAAUAGCGAAAUAGGCCCAAGUUGACUCUAGAUCGUAACCGUACUUAGUCUUAAUCUUCAUUAAAUCUAUUUAUAGAACCCCAGCUGAGUUUGUAAUCUACUUCACAUAAUUCAUAUUCUCUACUGUAUUUAGUUCAAGUCUAUGUUAUAUAUGCCUAUCUUAAUUGCUUAAGAUAUUAUAAAUAAAAACAAGUAA